CUCACAGCGAACGCUCGGUUUAUUAAACUGUUUUAAGAAAUCGGCACAAUAUUAAAUCGUUUAAGCAAAAAACUAAAGCUAUGAAGUUCCAAAUAUUUGUGUUGUUAUUUUGUGCACUACAAAGUCUGGCAUUUGGAAAGAAUAUAGUCUGCUUCUAUGAUUCAGCAACUUACGUCAAAACAGGACUGGCCCGAUUUCUUCCAAGUCAUCUGGACACUGCUUUGCAAUACUGUACACAUCUUAUUUACGGAUAUGUUGGUCUUAAUCCCAUCACAUAUGAGUUGUACAGCUUUAGCGUUGAUUUGGGAGCUUUCCACCAAGCUGAAGUAACUUCGCUUAAAAACAAGUAUCCUCAACUGAAGGUGUAUCUAAGCGUUGGUGGUGACAAAGAUGAAGACGUGUCUAAUCCAGAGAAGUAUUUAAGGUUAUUAGAGAGUGGAAAAACCGGUCAAGGUACAUUUAUUACAAGCGCCAAAUCGUGGCUGAAACGAAAUAAUUUCGAUGGUCUUGACUUGGCUUUCCAAUUCCCACGUAACAAACCACUCAAAACUCAUGGAGCACUUGCCAGUUUUGUCGAAAGCGUAAAAAUGAAGUUGUCAUCUGAUUACUCGAUUGUUGAUAAAAACGCAGAUGAACAUAAAAAACAAUUUACAAACUUUGUUCAAGACAUCAAGAGUGCAUUUUUAGACGAUGAUCUUUCAUUGUCCUUAACAGUAUUACCGAACGUGAAUGCAAGCUGGUAUUUUAAUGUAACGAAACUCGAGAAAAUGUUCACGUUCAUAAAUGUGGCAACUUUUGACUUUCUAACUCCGUCACGUAAUCCAACUGAUGCUGAUUAUACAGCACCGAUAUACGCACCGGGUGGCGAAUACCGCUUGCCUUACUCCAACAUAGAGUUUCAAAUUAAUUAUUGGCUUGGAGAAGGUUGUCCAGCUCAAAAACUUAACUUGGGGAUUGCAAGCUAUGGACGAGCUUGGAAACUAACAACAAAAUCAUGUAAUAAAACUGAACCGUUGGUGCGUAAUACUGGUGGUCCAGCUGAACCAGAUCUUUUAUCACAAACUGCAGGACUGCUAAGUUGGACUGAAACAUGCACUAAAUUAUCUGAUCAUGUGCUGGAACAAUCGACAAAUAUAACACGAGAAUCUCCAAAUAGCAGAUGGCACAUAAUUUCUAAUGACAAAUUUGGUAACUAUGCAGUACGAUUGCCUGAUGAUAGUGAUCAGUUAGGACUGUGGGUCAGUUAUGAUACACCUAGGCAAGCUGGAAUUAAGGCAAAUUAUGCCAGAGAUAUUAAAUUAGGUGGGGUGGCUUUAUUUGAAUUGGGUCAUGAUGAUUUCAGAGGAUUAUGUACUGGCAAAUCUUAUCCAAUACUUGAAGCAAUUAAAAAUAAUUUAUUUGAAAUUCUUACUGCCAAAGUUAACAUUAAAAAUUGCAAUAAACGGAUUUAUACAUUAUUUUGUCAUCUUUUGUAUCAAAUUUCUGCAAUCAAAAUAACAACAACUGAUCAAUUUUCCAAUAUGAAGUUACUGAUUUUGUUGACUUUACUGCUCGGCUUGAAUUACGCCAAUUCAGCGAAUAUGAAAAAUUUAGUAUGUUUUUAUGAUUCAGCUAGUUAUAUACGAUCAGGUUUUGCUAAACUACUGCCCGGACAACUGGAUGUUGCCUUGCAGUUCUGCACGCAUUUAAUUUACGGAUAUGCAGGUCUUAAACCAGAUUCAAAAGAAAUCUUCAGUCUUAAUGUGGACUUGGAUAUGUUUCAUUAUGCCGAAAUUACUCUAUUCAAAGCUAAAUACCCACAUCUGAAAAUAUAUUUAAGUAUAGGUGGUGAUAGUGAUAUUGAUGAAGAGCAUCCGCUUAAAUAUGUUGAACUAUUGGAAAGUGAUACUGCACAUCAGCAAGCCUUCAUAGACAGUUCAAUUGAACUCAUAAAAAGAAACGGUUUUGAUGGUUUGGAUUUAUCUUUCCAAUUUCCUAAAAAUAAACCAAGAAAAGUACACGGUACUCUUGGUACAUAUUGGAAGAAAUUUAAGAAGCUUUUUACUGGCAAUUUUAUUGUCGAUACACAAGCUGAGGAGCAUAAACGACAAUACACGGAGUUCGUUUCAAAUUUGAAUACUGCAUUCCGUAGGCAUAACCUUUCCUUAUCGAUGACUGUUCUUCCGAAUGUGAACUCAACUUGGUAUUUUGACGUCCCAAAAAUUCAAAACAAUUUUGAACUAAUCAAUUUAGCAGCAUUUGAUUUUUUAACACCCAUACGUAAUCCUGAAGAAGCCGACUAUACAGCACCAAUCUAUCCACCACUCGAACAAAAUCGUUUGCCACAUUACAAUAUUGAGUUUCAAGUGAACUAUUGGCUUAACAAUCAUUGCCCACCAGAGAAACUUAACUUGGGUAUUGCAAGCUAUGGUCGUGCAUGGAAAUUAUCACCCGACUCCGGUUUAACAGGUGCUCCCGUUGUGCCAGAAACUGUCGGACCUGCUGAUGCUGGUUUACAAUCACAAAUUCCCGGCAUACUUAGCUGGCCGGAGAUAUGUUCAAUGUUGCCAAAUGCAGUUAAUAAAGAUUAUCGUGGACCCAACGCACCAGUCAUGAAAGUCGUGGAUCUAGAACAGCGUUAUGGAAAUUAUGCAGUGAGGCCAGCCGAUGAGCAAGGUGAGCACGGUAUGUGGAUAAGUUUCGAUGAUCCAGACUUCGCCGUCGUCAAAACGAAUUAUGCUAAAUACAAGGGUCUGGGAGGCAUAGCACUGUUUGAUGUGGGCUUCGAUGAUUUUCGUGGACUGUGCACUGGAUUCAAAUUUCCUUUUGUGCGCUCAAUUAAAAAUAGUAUGUAA